CGGGGAAAUUCUCGCAUUUACGUCUCGGCGUCGCUCAAAGAAAGCCACCAGUCGGCUGCGUCCCCCGUGAAUAACGUUCGUUAUUCGCCCUGGAAGUGAGUUUAUUACAUUGUGCGCGGCGUCUGCUACGACGAGUUUUUACAGCUAGCUGGCAGCCCGGCAGGAUAUAAAACGUCGUUGGCAUACAAAGUGCAAAAACGCAAGCAGGAGGUUCAACUGCUCUUCUCCGCACAGAUACAACAAUGAGAUUUUAUUCUCCCGGCCGUGCUCUGAGCGCGCUCUUCUUGCUCGUCGCUUUGACGUGCGCCACGCAAGGCGCCAGCCUUCGAGCGAGGCGCUCCUUCCUCGAGGAUAUCGGAAACACAUUGAGUAACAUCGGGGAGACAAUCAAGGAUACCGCGAAGACCGGAUUCGAGCGGAUCGAAUCUGUGUUCAAGACAUCCACGGAUCCCGAAACGGUGACCUUGGAACCGGUGGAGAACACCACGGAUUAUCGGCAAAUCAUAACUACCCCGAUUAGAUGUCCGCCUAAUCAUGUGGUGGUGAAUAAACGAUGCCGGGAAAUGCUCACGCGAUGAUGAAGUCUGCGAGGUGUCGGAGGGGAAGACGAUAUCAACGUUUUCAUUUGCGUCGAAUGUCAGUCAAUCAAUACUGUCUCGUUAGAUAAUAAUGUUCCGUAAGAUUUAAAUGUAAUGAUCCCCUCCGGAAAAUUACAAUUGUAGCCGGCAAUUGGACAUUUUAAUGUGUACGGUAAGGAUCAUUUGGGAUUACCUCUUGACACGUUGAUGUAAAAAUAAUAAUUCCAGUUUAAUUGGUUUGUGCUCUUU